ACAGUCGACUUUACUCUACAGUCUGUGGUGGGCCGCUGUGGAUCGCGCGCGCACGCUUUUUUGUAUUUCGAACGAAAUUCCGAAAUCUUGUAUAUUUUUUUAAUUAUUUCAUAUUAUUUUAAUUUUGAAAUAAGUGGACAGCAAUGGCGCGAGUGUGGUUUCUAGUGAUAGUGUCAAUUCAAAUUGUUUUCGCGAAACGAAAUUUAAAUGCGAAUUGCGAUAUGUGUAUCCAAAAAGGCGGUUAUUGGUGUAAAUUAUCAGGGACUCAACACUGCUGGCCUGAAUUCUCGGAUGCCUGUGCGAAAAACUUCGAGGAACUACCGUCCGCGAUGUUAAGAAGCAAUAACGGGACGAAGUUACUGAGCAUUAACUACAUUGAACAAUCCGUGCGGCCGUCUUCGCAAUAUGAACUGACCAUAGAAUACAACGCGGCGACUCAAUCUCAGAUAAAAAUAGAAAUCGUAAACUCGACGCAGACUAGGAAUCUUAAAUUUUCUGACACAACGAAAUGCGAAAAUUCUGAAUGCACUGCAAAGAUUGCGGUCAGGCCAUUGGAAACGUUCUGCACGUCUUCCGGUAGUCCUUACGAAUACGUAUACGCGAACAUUUUCUUUGUGGACCUGAACGAAUCGACAUUAGUGAAGUAUUUGAUUUCGUGCGCGUGUCCUUGUUCCGCCCAACCCGAACCAAACUCGGAGACGUGCCACAAGAACGGACAAUUAAUUUGUGGUAUUUGCGAAUGCUACGACGGAUGGUCUGGAAGUUUCUGCAACGAAGCAGCUCAGACUCCAAUAACGCCUGUUGUACCUACAAUUGUUGAGAAGAAAUCACCGAAAUGUGAAUAUCACGGCCAUUGGCUGUCAAGCGGAAUUUGCGAUUGCUUUAAAGGAUGGACGGGAAAGAACUGCAACGUACUGAACUGCGGACGCAGACGUGGAGAUAUCGGCUGCAGUCGAACCAGUGAACUUGGGGAAUGCUCAGGGAACGGUGAGUGCGACGCUUGCGGCGACGCCUGCGUCUGCAAAACCGACAUCGAAGGGGCCCAGUACUUAGAAGCGGACAACAACUGCGUGGACCUGUGCAUGACUGUUGAACAGUGCAAGGAUUGUUUAUCUAGCAACGGGCCGAUGCAGUGUUCGAACUGCAACAUUGUGAAGGACGCGUACAACCGUACCGUCUCGGAAGAGCUAGACUAUUUAAACAGGAGAGUGUGGAUGCAUUGCAGCUACAUCAACGUCACGACUGAGUGCAAAGUCUUGUAUUUGGCGAUGAGAGAAAACGAAGUUGUGCAUAUAAUGAUUGAGGACUAUUGCGAGGUGUCAACGCCGGCCGGUCUGUUCGCGUCGCCGGUGACGUCGGUACUAUUUGGACUACUAGCCGUGAUAUGCGCGGCGUCGCUAGUCGCUGUGGCCGUGUGGAAGUACUUCAAUCGCAUCCCAGCACAGGACUUGAUAAAGCCAGGCUACAUGAGCGUGGAGGCGGCCACAAGCACCGUACAGAACCCGGCCUACGUGACGCCGAUCUCUUCGUUCAUCAACCCUACGUACCAAAAAUGCUGAUCUCGGUGCUGCCGGCUAUUGAAUCAUCGAGAUCCUGAUGGUCUGGUCCGUGUGAAGCGCACGUACGGACCACGCGUCCAUUCCACGACACUGCCUGUGAUCCACUCCGAUGUGAAAAAAGAAAUUCGCGACGAAGAACAAAUGAAGUAUAAUCUAAUUAUUAUUAUUUACGUAGCUUAGUUUUGUAUAGUAGUGUGUAGCGCAUAUUUUAAUGCCUCUGUGAUAUUUAAGGUGAUUGGCGGUCGUAUGUGUGAGUCAGCGUACCUACAAGUUUUCUUUGGUUCGUAAUCUAAUGGUAAACACGGCCUUUACGUUGCUUGAUAUGUUUACGUAAUUUAUGUAAUAGCGACACUCAUACGCCCGUAGUAAUGUAAGCAAAGAUUAAACAAUCAUACAGUCAUCGGUCGGCUGAAAUCGAUCUAGAAAUCGUUAUAAAUUGGACCGUUUAUUUUGAAAGUGGUGUAAGUCCAUUUUUGAGAAAAAUGAGCUAUCACGUAAUUCAUGCUUAAUUUAAUGUAUUUUUUUUAUAUAUAACUAGUCCGUGUUUAAUUUCUCAAAAAAAAUCCCAUGUUUUGUACAACUUAAAAUCGGCCGGUAAAUGAAAUUGCAUAAUCAUCGAUUAUGGAAGUGGUGUAAGUCCAAUUGACAGAGAUAGGUGGCACAGCCAGACCUCAUAUGAUUUGCCUGUAUUUUUAAAUCAACAAAUAUAGUAACCUUUAAUUUUCUCGAAACAAAAGAAAAUGGACUUACACCACUUUCAAAAUAAACGGUCCAAACAAUUUAUCGUUCGCUCACUUGGUUCAAUUUUAAAUUCGUAUCGAAUCAUAAGUAGGUGCUUAAACAGAAAGGAAUGUAAAAACCCGAACUGGUUGAUCGCGGAUGAGAAGUACCUUUGCAAUGAUUACGAUGUAUGUAAUUUAUGUUUGUGGGCGUUACGGAGCCGUGGGUAGAUUCAUUCUGCCGACCACGCUCGGUGACUAACGGUUUCCCUUUGACACGGAACGAAUCAAAUAUUGUAAUAUUCAACGAUGAUCGCCACUUUUAUUUUUAUUUAUUGUGUUUGUUUGUUUGUUUGUUAGUGUUAAGACAACGUUCAAAGGAACGAUAGACCUGAUCUGUUCCUAAAAGGAUUAAGUGAAAAAUGUUGAAUUUAAAUUAAAAAAAGAACCAAUAUUGCCUAUUUACCUGUUGUUUGAAUGUUACUUGCUCAACUUCCAUCAUUUAUAAUAAUAGGAAAAUUAUUGCAUUUAUUUAUAAUGUCGCGUCAUCAACAACUGUUCAAUGUUUCCAUUAACUAAAUAACCCUUGGUGCAAAUUGGCGUUAAUACGUUUCUUUUAAUAUGGCAAAAGGUUUUUUUGCCGAUGCCAUAAUUACCAACUGCUCAUUUUAUAGGUUAAGUAUGUCAUGUUCCAACAAUGCUUAGGAAACAGCUACAAAUUACAUAUAAGAUACAACUAAACGGUUGCUUGCGUUCUAUAAAUACUUUACGUAUAAUAAUAAUACUAUUAAUACACAGCGAAGUUCAUGCUCUCUUAAAUUGUACUAAUUGAAAUUGUUAAUACAAAGAAAUCGAAGCUGUAAAACUGUUUUCGUAAUAUCGGUUAUUGAAUUGAAAACUUACAAAUCGAACGAUUUAAUCACAAUACUAUCGACAUCCACAAAAUCACAAAAAAAAACUGUAUUUUGUGAAACAUAGCGUCAAUAUUUUGAUAAGUUUUGUUUAUACGUUUUAUCAUUUAUUUUAUUUAAGAUAAUUAAUUUUAGGUUGUAAGAUAUCAUUCUUUUGAACUCAAAGUUUGAUUACCUACUUUUAGUAUUACUUCACAUUCACACACAAUACUGAGUAAAACAUAGGCUAUGUACUUCCCUUAGCGUAUUAUUUUAUUUUUAAUUUAGUAUAGACGUAUUACAAUUUAAUUGUAUUCUGAUUUACAGAUCUUAAUUUAUUAGUUAAUAAAAACUAUUAACAUCACAUUACGGUAUAAAUAAUAACCUCUCGUUAAAUUUAAAAAUGAUUGAUUAGAUGAUUUUUCUAUAUAUUUCUUACGAUUUUCUAACUUGAACUAUCUAAUUGUUAAUUUAAUAAAUACGUGUAGAUACAAAGAAAACUCGAACGAAUGUGUUCAAAGUGUCUUUCAAGUAAUAUAACAUGAAAAUGUAUGUAAAAGAACAAGUUUAUCAGAAGUAUAGGCCCUUCCAAUUAUAUUAUGGCGCCUUUUCCACUUUUUUUUACAAUAAACAUCCGCCCUCUAAAAUUUGACAGUGGUUUGCCCGAGUUAUUUUAUAUUAUAUAUAAAGAUAUUUAUCAUUGAAUUUAUGGACAUGGACUCGAUGAUAACCGAAUAUAUUCACGUAUUUACGAUUCUGUAAAUUCAACUUACACAAAAACAAUUACUGGCAAUCUUGCAGCGAAUUUGUAAGCAAUUCCAAAGAGUAUUUUUAUAACGUAAAUCGAUAAUUUUUUGUACCGUACUAAUUUUCACCUUACCUGCGACCAAAAAGCUGGUCACGAAGGCUCCGGAUUUCGGACUGCAACACCCAGUAUGACGAUGUAAAGAUCUCUUUGUUAGGAAACAACGUCCGUGGAUUGCAAUCAGAAUAUCGAUGUAAAUCUAUACCAAUUCUUAUAAUGAUCUGCUUAUUGUAAUUAUUAAGAGAAUUUUGUAUUUUUUGUAAAUUUGUAACAUGUAUAGUAGUUAGCUAGUCAAUAAAAAAUGUAAAGUAUA